CUGGUUGUCGUAGUGAUCCCGGCAAGCUAGGUAGCUAGCCGCCAAUACUGUCUCUUAAUUCAGCUAAUAAUGAAUACGAAACGUUUAAACUCCGACUGAAGAGUUGCAAUAAGUUAUUAAUCUCGUAUCGGAUCUUGUUUGUUAGCCACUUGCUAGCAAACGUUGGCUAACUAAGCUAACUAAGCUACAUCCAUUCAGCACCAUGGCAAGUGCAUCAAACGCAAACCUAAACGCAGUCCGGGAGACGAUGGACGUGCUGCUGGAGAUCUCCAGACUGCUGAACACAGGUUUGGACAUGGAGUCUCUGUCCAUCUGUGUGAGACUGUGUGAGCAGGGCAUCAACCCAGAAGCCCUGUCAGCAGUUAUCAAGGAGCUGCGUAAAGCCUCCGAGUCCCUAAAGGCUCCUGAGAACUGCACAAACUGAAGAUGAAGGCUGGUCACCUCAGUUUGGGACAUUUUUAAUGGGGUCAUACCUCAUUCCCGGAUCUGUACAAUGGGAUCUUCAGCCAAUCAGAUCUGUCGCGUGUUGACGAUCUAUCCUCAGCCUCCUCUGUGACUAAUGUGCUCCUGUCCUGUGCUUUGGCUGAUGUUUGACCGAGUUUUUGUAUACAGGUGUCGACCUCAGUCCUCCUCUGAAACGCUCCCAACAGGAGAGCACGCUCAGCCGUUCUGCCUCUAAUUUAAGCUUGCUCCAAGUAGUUCCAGCUGCCAUUUGUCAUUUGAGUGGUAUUAGCAUUGACAUCCUGCCUUAAUUUAAGAGCAUACAUUGCAUAUCUGAGUCAACUUGUAUUGCACUUUUCAUUCAGUAAAUCUUUUUUUAUGACGUUCUGAAAUGUAGAAUUAGUUUUUAAUUUUGUGUAAGCAUAAUACAUUUUUCAACUUUUGCCAUUACCUUUGUCCAUGUAACCAUCAAUGAUUAAUAAUGUCUAAAUAAAAGUGUUACAGUCAACAGCCA